AUGGCCUCGCCGCCGCCGCCUCUGCUGCUGCUGCUGCUGCUCGCCUCGGCCUUGCCGCCCUCCGCAGCCGCGCCGGGCCCCGAGGGCGCCAACGGCAGCAGCGCCGCGGCCGCGACGGUGGUGACGGUGGCCCUGGUGCUGCCGGAGCACAACCCCAGCUACCCGUGGGCCCUGCCGCGGGUGGGCCCCGCCGUGGACCUGGCCCUCGAGGCGUUGGAGCCGAAGCUGCGCGCCGCCGGGCUGUCGAUGCGGACCGUGUUCGCCACGUCGGAGCUGAACGGCGCCUGCUCGGAGUCGGUGGCGCCGCUGAAAGCCGUGGACCUGAAGCUCUACAACGACCCGGACGUGCUGCUCGGGCCCGGCUGCGUCUACCCGGCCGCCUCGGUGGGGCGCUUCGCCUCGCACUGGCGCCUGCCGCUCCUCACCGCCGGCGCCGUGGCCUCGGACUUCAGCCACAAGAAGGAGCACUUCAGCACGCUGGUGCGCACCGGCCCGUCGGCGCCCAAGCUCGGCGCCUUCGUGGCCCGCCUGCACGAGCACUUCAACUGGAGCUCCCGCGCCGCCCUGCUCUACGUGGACCGCAAGACGGACGACCGGCCCUUCUACUUCACCAUCGAGGGCGUCUACGAGGAGCUGCGCGACGCCAGCCUCACCGUGGGCUACCACAUCUACGCGCCCCGCGAGAGCAACGGCAGCGCGGGCGCGGGCGACGAGGGCGGCGGCCCGGAGACGGCCGUCCAGUUCAUCAAGGCCAACGGACGAGUGAUCUACAUCUGCGGUCCGCUGGAGAUGCUGCACCAGGUCCUGCGCCUGGCGCACUACGAGAGCAUGGCCAACGGCGACUACGUCUUCUUCUACGUGGACGUCUUUGGGGAGAGCCUGCGCACCGAGGGCCGCCGGGAGGCCGCCAAGCCCUGGCAGAGCAAGGAGGGCCAGGACCCAGGAGGCCUGCGGGAGGCCUUCCGGACGGUGCUGGUGAUCACCUACCACGAGCCCCAAAACCCGGAGUACCGGCACUUCCAGAACCAGCUGAUCCUGCGUGCCCGGAGGGACUUCCAGGUGGAGCUCAAUGACUCUCUGAAGAACCUGGUGGCCGGCUGCUUCCACGACGGGCUGCUGCUCUACGCCAGGGCGCUGAUCGAGACGCUGCGCGAGGGCGGCACCAAACGCAACACCACCGACAUCCUGGACAAGAUAAAGGGGCGCAAGCUGCAGGGCGUGACGGGGACCGUCAGCAUGGAUGCGAACAACGACCGAGACACGGAUUUCAACCUGUGGGCCAUGGCGGACCCGGAGAGCGGCGAGUACCAGGUGGUAGGGCACUAUGUGGGGUCGGAGAAGCAGAUGAACUGGCUGGGGCCCAUCCGCUGGGUGAAGGGGGGGCCGCCCCUGGAUAACCCACCCUGUUUCGACAUGGACGACCCCUCCUGCGAUAAAAGUCCCCUCAGUUCCCUGGCCAUCGUGGCACUGGGGGCCGGACUCACCUUCAUCAUGUUCGGGGUGUCCAGCUUCCUGAUCUUCAGGAAGCUGAUGCUGGAGAAGGAGCUGGCCAGCAUGCUGUGGCGCAUCCGCUGGGAGGAGCUGCAGUUCGGGAGCGCCGAGCGCUGCCACAAGGGGGCGGGCAGCCGCCUCACCCUCUCCCUGCGAGGUUCCAGCUACGGCUCCCUGAUGACGGCGCACGGCAAGUACCAGAUCUUUGCCAACACGGGACUCUUCAAGGGCAAUGUGGUGGCCAUCAAGCACGUCAACAAGAAGCGCAUCGAGCUGACGAGGCAGGUGCUCUUCGAGCUCAAGCACAUGCGGGACAUCCAGUUCAACCACCUGACGCGCUUCAUCGGCGCCUGCAUCGACGCGCCCAACAUCUGCAUCGUGACCGAGUACUGCCCCCGCGGCAGCUUGCAGGACAUUCUGGAGAACGACAGCAUCAACCUGGACUGGAUGUUUCGCUACUCGCUCAUCAACGACAUCGUCAAGGGCGUGGCCUUCCUGCACAGCAGCAUCAUCGGCUUCCAUGGCAGCCUCAAGUCCUCCAACUGCGUGGUGGACAGUCGCUUCGUGCUCAAGAUCACGGAUUACGGGCUGGGCAGCUUCCGCCAGAGCAGCGAGGCCGAGGGCAGCCAUGCCCUGUAUGCCAAGAAACUGUGGACCGCCCCGGAGCUGCUGCAGAAGGCCCCGCAGACGCACACGCCGCCCGCCAUGCAGAAGGCCGACGUGUACAGCUUCGGGAUCAUCCUGCAGGAGAUCGCGCUGCGCAACGGGGCCUUCUACAUCGAGGGCAUGGACCUCAGCCCAAAGGAGAUUGUGCAGAAGGUGCGCAACAGCCAGCGGCCCUACUUCCGCCCCACCAUCGACACGCAGCAGCACAGCGAGGAGCUGGCCGUCCUGAUGGAGCGCUGCUGGGCCCAGGACGCCGCCGAGCGGCCCGACUUCGCCCAGGUCAAGAUCUUCAUCCGGCGCUUCAACAGGGAGGGCAGCUCCAGCAUCCUGGACAACCUGCUGUCGCGCAUGGAGCAGUACGCCAACAACCUGGAGAAGCUGGUGGAGGAGCGCACCCAGGCCUACCUGGAGGAGAAGCGCAAGGCCGAGGCGCUGCUCUACCAGAUCCUGCCGCACUCGGUGGCCGAGCAGCUGAAGCGCGGCGAGACGGUGCGGGCCGAGGCCUUCGACUGCGUCACCAUCUAUUUCAGCGACAUCGUGGGCUUCACCUCCUUGUCGGCAGAGAGCACGCCCAUGCAGGUGGUGACGCUCCUCAAUGACCUCUACACCUGCUUCGACGCCAUCAUCGAUAACUUCGAUGUCUACAAGGUGGAGACGAUCGGCGACGCCUACAUGGUGGUGUCGGGCCUGCCGGUCCGGAACGGCAAGCUGCACGCUCACGAGAUCGUCCGCAUGGCGCUGGCCCUCCUCGAGGCGGUGCGCACGUUUCGCAUCCGGCACCGGCCCCAUGAGCAGCUGCGGCUGCGCAUCGGCAUCCACUCAGGGCCCGUCUGCGCCGGGGUGGUGGGCCUCAAGAUGCCGCGCUACUGCCUCUUUGGGGACACGGUCAACACGGCGUCGCGCAUGGAGUCCAACGGCGAGGCCCUGAAGAUCCAUGUCUCCUCCACCACCAAAGAAAUCCUGGAUGACUUCGGCUGCUUUGAGUUGGAGCUGCGGGGAGACGUGGAGAUGAAGGGCAAGGGGAAGAUGCGGACGUACUGGCUACUGGGCGAGCAGAAGGCGGCCACCAGCUGAUGCGGCCGUGCACCUCCCAGCAAGAGCCACGCGCCCCGGCAGCGAGAGGACGGCCAACGCGCUGCUCCACCGGAGGCCCCGGGCCGGUCUGAGCAGGCCAUGCCCCCGCCUGCUGCGCCACAUGCCUCUGCCACAAGGAGCCCUUGCCCAGACGCAAGAACCGUGCUGUGGCGGCCCCCCCCGGAGCCCCCUGCGCACGGCAGCUCGAGGCUGCUCCCAGGGCUCUCUCACACUCA